AUGAGCGGGGUGCAAGCUGAGAAUGCUGACCUGCAGAAGCAACCACGCACGCAACAACCACCCUUGGUGAUCCUGGCCCUAGAGGUGUGUCCACACUCGCCCCUGCAGGUGUGUCCACACUCGCCCCUGCAGGUGUGUCCACACUCGCCCCUGCAGGUGUGUCCACACUCGCCCCUGCAGGUGUGUCCACACUCGCCCCUGCAGGUGUGUCCACACUCGCCCCUGCAGGUGUGUCCACACUCGCCCCUGCAGGUGUGUCCACACUCGCCCCUGCAGGUGUGUCCACACUCGCCCCUGCAGGUGUGUCCACACUCGCCCCUGCAGGUGUGUCCACACUCGCCCCUGCAGGUGUGUCCACACUCGCCCCUGCAGGUGUGUCCACACUCGCCCCUGCAGGUGUGUCCACACUCGCCCCUGCAGGUGUGUCCACACUCGCCCCUGCAGGUGUGUCCACACUCGCCCCUGCAGGUGUGUCCACACUCGCCCCUGCAGGUGUGUCCACACUCGCCCCUGCAGGUGUGUCCACACUCGCCCCUGCAGGUGUGUCCACACUCGCCCCUGCAGGUGUGUCCACACUCGCCCCUGCAGGUGUGUCCACACUCGCCCCUGCAGGUGUGUCCACACUCGCCCCUGCAGGUGUGUCCACACUCGCCCCUGCAGGUGUGUCCACACUCGCCCCUGCAGGUGUGUCCACACUCGCCCCUGCAGGUGUGUCCACACUCGCCCCUGCAGGUGUGUCCACACUCGCCCCUGCAGGUGUGUCCACACUCGCCCCUGCAGGUGUGUCCACACUCGCCCCUGCAGGUGUGUCCACACUCGCCCCUGCAGGUGUGUCCACACUCGCCCCUGCAGGUGUGUCCACACUCGCCCCUGCAGGUGUGUCCACACUCGCCCCUGCAGGUGUGUCCACACUCGCCCCUGCAGGUGUGUCCACACUCGCCCCUGCAGGUGUGUCCACACUCGCCCCUGCAGGUGUGUCCACACUCGCCCCUGCAGGUGUGUCCACACUCGCCCCUGCAGGUGUGUCCACACUCGCCCCUGCAGAUACCAUUUCCAUACAACCCGACAUACAGGUUUGCUCUACAAACAACCCUAUACAGGCUCUCAGGUUUGCUCAAACAGGAGCAGCUCAUCGAUAUCAUACAGGAGGAACUCAUCGAGAUGGCUCUUGCCACCUUCUGCUAUCCCUGCUUAACCCAAUAA